GCUCUUUCUUAAACCCUAAACCCUAACAAAACCCUUUCCCCAAAUUCUCCCCCAAAAAUGCGCUUCUCCGCCAUUUUCCUCCACAAUCCGUCGAAGAACCUCCACAAUAGGCUCAUUUUCCUCCGCCGCAUGGGCGGCGGGGCUCGAACCUUCCCCGGAGGUCUCAACAAGUGGCAAUGGAAACGCAUGCACGAGAAAAAAGCCAGGGAGAAAGAGAAGUACCUCCUCGAUCAAGAGAAACAAAUCUAUCAGGCCCGGGUCAGGUCAGAUAUUCGGGCCAAACUCGUCUCUUCCGAAAGCCCCAUUUCCGAAUCGGAAAAGCCCGAUCCGAACCCGCCGAAUUACGGCCCGUUAACUCCCCAACAACAUAUCAAGUCACUCGCUGAUCGGUUCAUGAAGGCAGGAGCCGAGGAUUUAUGGAACGAACGAGACGGACCGUCGUUAGGGUUUCCGGAAAACAAGCCUGGGAGAAGUCAAUUUAUAGGUGAGCCUGUUGAUUUGCAGAAAUUAAUUGCUGAGAAAUCGAAUUUUAAUGGAGGCAAUAACAUCGAAAAUAGCCAAUUUCCGAGGAAUGUGAUUAGUAGUGCAGCUAAACCAAGGCAUUUUUCUACUUGUAGUAAUUUGAUGGGUGAUUUUGGCAAUGGGUAUUUAAGAAGGAUGAGUACAGGGUUUAAUUUAGCUGGGAGUGUAAGUAGUAUGUCGAAUUUGAAUCGUUACUACUCUGUGGAAGCUACGAGUAAAACGGGUGAUAAAAGAUCGAUUUUUUCAAGGAACGGUCGAAAUUCAAUGGCUGUUAAUAGCUCGGAUACGAAAGCGAAAUCUGGUGGUGGGAAGAAGGCGGAGUGGCCGAGGUUUCGUAGGGGUAAUAUGGGUUCGUCAGAUGAUGACAGCGAUGAUUACGAUGAUGACGAUGAGGAAGAAUUUGAAAGUGGCAAAAAGAUUACGGGUAGUAGUGCAGCUUUAGGAAAGUACGAUACUAAGAUCAAGAAAAGGGUGCCGUUGAAAUUCUUGGAAGACGAGGAGGAUUUAUCUCAGCAAGUUGAGGCAAUUCGGAAGGAGGUUAUUCAGAGGAAAACCGUGCAGGAGGAUUGUAAAGUAAAAGACGAAGAGGAGGAAUCGAUUCUCAGUACCAAAAGGUUUGAUGAGGUUGACGUGUCGCCAUUGACAGUUCGUGCGCUAACUGAGGCUGGUUAUGUGCAAAUGACCAUGGUGCAAGAGGCGACACUUACCUCAUGCCUUGAAGGGAAGGAUGCUUUAGUGAAAGCUAGGGCUGGUACAGGCAAAAGUAUUGCAUUUUUGCUUCCUGCUAUUGAAACAGUUGUGAAGGCAUCAAGUCUCGGGAAAGUUCACCGGGUCCCACCGAUAUACAUUCUUAUACUAUGCCCAACUAGGGAACUUGCCAGUCAAAUUUCCGCAGAAGCAAAUGUGCUCCUAAAGCACCACGAUGGCAUAGGUGUGCAAACGCUAACCGGAGGGACACGAUUUAAAGUUGAUCAAAGACGCCUUGAAUCCGAGCCAUGUCAGAUACUCGUUGCAACUCCCGGUAGAUUAUUGGACCACAUCGAAAACAAAUCGGGAAUCUCUGCACGCUUAAUGGGAUUGCAAAUGCUUAUACUCGACGAAGCAGAUCACUUGCUAGACCUCGGUUUUCGAAAAGAUAUGGAGAAAAUCGUCGACUGUUUGCCUCGUAAGAGGCAAACUUUACUCUUUUCUGCUACACUUCCCAAAGAGGUCCGACGAAUAUCUCAACUUGUUCUGAAAAGGGAACAUGCGUAUAUAGAUACAGUUGGACUUGGGUGUUUGGAUACUCAUGCCAAGGUUAAGCAAUUUUACCUUAUUGCCCCUCACGACCAGCAUUUUCAAAUAGUAUACCAUUUGUUGAAGAGACAUUUAUCCGAGGAGCUCGAGUACAAGGUUAUUGUUUUCUGUGCAACGACAAUGAUGACAUCACUCAUGUAUUCCCUUUUCCAUGAAAUGAAACUAAACGUUCGAGAAAUCCAUUCCAAAAAAUCUCCACUCUACCGUACGAAAAUUUACGAGGAAUUUAAGGAAUCCAAAAGAUUGAUUCUCAUUACUUCCGAUGUUUCUGCUCGUGGGUUGAACUAUCCCGAUGUCACAUUAGUCAUUCAGGUGGGAAUUCCAUCGGAUCGAGGCCAAUAUAUUCAUCGGCUUGGAAGAACUGGGCGACAAGGCAAAGAAGGUGAAGGGUGUUUAUUGCUUGCACAAUUUGAAGAAUAUUUCUUAGACGAGAUAAAGGAUCUUCCUAUCGAGAAAUUCCCUUCGCUAAAUCUCGAUCCCGACGUAAAAGUAAAGAUGGAAAAGUCGAUGGAGAAGAUGGAUACUAGUGUGAAGGAAGCGGCUUAUCAUUCGUGGCUCGGUUAUUAUAACUCGAUAAACGCAAUUGGAAGAGACAAAACUACCCUCGUGGAGUUGGCUAACCAAUUCUCGGCUUCGAUUGGUUUGCAAAAGCCGCCUGCACUUUUUCGGAAAACUGCAAUAAAGAUGGGAUUGAAAGGUAUCCAUGGCAUUUCUAUACGAAAAUAGUAGCAGCAGCUUCUUCAUCGACUCUGUAAAUAUUGUUUGGACGAAUAUUCGAAUUGUUUGUAGUUCAAACGAACUUUUAUUUUAUUUUAUUUUUAUAAUAAAAAUGUAUGUCAAACGACUUAUUUUGAAGCCCAAUUAUUAAGUAUUACCAAUAGAAGGAUAUUUU